CGCAAAUUUUCCCUCUCUUUCCGCUCGGAAUUCUCUGUAAAUUUUCGGGUUCUUCUUUUGCUGAAGCUCUUGUGAGUUUAACAGAAAUGGCGUCGGUUCAGCCACUUAUGGAUGGGAUUUCUGAGAUUACUCAAGAGGAAGAUGUUGAGAAUGUGAAACCUGUUAAUGAACAGAUAUCAGAUACUCGACAUAGCAGACGCCCCGAUAUCUCACUUCAAGUACCUUCGAGACCGAUGGGUGGCAUAAAAGGUUUACUGCAAUCUCUAGGUUCCAACAAUGGUGGUUUAUCUCCUGUAAGCUUUUUAAGAGCUUUAAGCUUUAAGAGAAAAGGCAUUGCUGCUGAAGGUGAGAAGAGUUCGCUCCUAAGUUCGGACCCGAGUACAACUGCUGAGAGUCCGGUAAUGGCUAUCGCAUCAUCAGCCUUUUCGUGGACAAAGUCCUUGUCCCUCCCAGUUACUCCAGCUUCAAACUUGUCCCCGGUCAUACCCCGCCCCGCCACAACUAAUGAAAAGCCAGUUCCACGUAAAGUAGCAGCACGUGCAGUCUCGAGGUCUCUAUCCAUGCCCGGUAGACAUAUCGUUAUAAUACGAUCUACAUCUUUUGCUUCCCCUAUGGCAAAUUCAGAGGCCAGUAGCAGUUCUGAUCAAAAUGGUUCUGUUACCUUAGAGAUUGGCGAUGAAGAAAUUCCUGAAGAGGAAGCUGUUUGUAGAAUAUGUUAUGAUCCAUGUGAAGAAGAAAACACUCUCAAAAUGGAAUGUAGUUGCAAAGGAGAUCUUAGGCUUGUACAUAAAGAUUGUGCAAUAAAAUGGUUUAGUAUAAGAGGAAAAAAGGAGUGUGAAGUCUGUAGGCAGGUGGUAAAGAAUUUACCUGUCACGCUACUUCGUAUUCCGACCACUGCACAACAGGACGGAAGACAGUUGCAUAAUCAACCGACUUUCCGUUCACAGACGAUAAGCGCUUGGCAGGACUUUGUGGUGCUUCUUUUAAUUAGCACAAUAUGCUACUUUUUCUUCCUUCAGCAGCUUCUGAUUCACAACUUGAAGACUCGGGCGAUCAAUUACGCUGCGCCUUUUGCGUUGUUGUUUGGUAUCAUGUCGUCAAUAUUCUCGGUCAUUCUCGCAAUCAAGGAAUAUAUAUGGACUUAUGCAGCUCUUGAAUUUGCACUUGUAGCUAUCAUUCUUCAUCUAUUAUAUACCUUGCUGAAACUGAAGGCCAUAUAUGCCAUUUUGCUGUCUGCAAUCUUGGGUUUUGGUAUGGCUAUGAGCCUUAACUCUCUGUAUAUUCAUUACUACAUUUGGCGAGUUCGAGUAGUACAGAAUCACAAUUUAGUAUGACCAAAUUCUGAAGAUGAUAAGCCCGUCUCUGGAAGCUUCCUUCCAAAAAUUCUAAUUAUCAACGACAAUCUGAUGAAUGAAGAGAAUGCAGGUAGAUCCCACUUUACACGAA